GAACCAAUAGCCGCGACGCUUACAGAGCAGCAUUGACGUCUGGAACCAAUAGGGUGAGGGCUUUCUGGUGAUGCCCUGUCGGCAGCGGGCAUGGCGCCUCCUGCACGCUACUGCGUCCCUGGCGAGCGGCUGUGCAGCACGGAGGAGGCCACGGCUGGGAGCGGGACCUACACUCGUCAUGGCUUCAUCUUCUCCUCGCUGGCUGGCUGCCUGGAGAGAAAGAAUGAGGACAGCGAGCUGCCCGUGGUGUCGGUGGUGAGAGACAGCGAGUCCCAGCUCCUGCCCAACGUGGGGGCUGUGGUGACAUGCAAGGUCUGCAGUAUUAACUCUCGCUUUGCCAAGGUCCACAUCCUGUAUGUUGGCUCCACACCGCUGAAAUCUACCUUCCGAGGCACCAUACGGAGAGAAGACAUCCGAGCCACGGAGAAGGAUAAGGUAGAAGUGUACAAGAGCUUCCGCCCCAGUGACAUCGUCCUGGCCAAAGUUAUCUCCCUGGGGGACGCGCAGUCCAACUACCUGCUGAGCACAGCAGAGAACGAGCUGGGCGUGGUGGUGGCACGCAGUGAGGCAGGAAUGCAAGUUUGGGAAGGAGCAACCCUGACAUAUUGUGCCCCAGGGGUGCAGAUGGUGCCCAUCAGCUGGUGCGAGAUGCAGUGCCCACGGACACACACCAAGGAGUUCCGUAAGGUGGCCCGGGUGCAGCCCCAGUUCCUGCAGACGUAACACCUGAGGGGGCAGGGGGCUGCAGCUCUGGGGCCUGUGGAACCAGAGCAGCCCCUGGGCUCCCACCUCCUUCACAGGUUCAGCCAGGCCUCCACUGGCAGGACAGGUUUGCUGCUUUUGGAUAAUAAAUUUUUUUUGAGA